CAGCACCAACUGACAACAGUUCGAAGCUUUCAAAGACGAAUUCAACCAUUUGGAUWUUACAAUUGGUGUAUGUAUCUGAGCRCAAGAUUUUCUACGUUACAAAGUCUACUCUCAYGUGAAAAAUGAUUUCGGAGAGCAAAAUAACAUACAUCAAAACUUCAUCAAGUAUCCGCAAAGAAGAAGCAAGCCAUAGGAGUAUACGGCACACAAGACAUAUGAUUCCWAUAGAUUUGUUAUUACAAGACUUUUCCAUCGCAAUAGAGCCUGAAAUCAUGUACAAAAGACUUCAACAUAUGCUAAAAGACUGUAACGUUGACGAGAUCACCAUUUCUGGUGUCACUGCCCUUACGCAAAGCGCACUGGAUGGAAGAUUAGAAAGCGUUAAAUUUCUUAUUGAACUCGGGGCAGAUGUCAAUAAAAAAGACAGAUUAGGCUGGACGCCUCUUCAUUACGCUGUAAGCGAAGGGUAUGAAGAUAUUUGUGAAUAUUUACUACAGAAUGGAGCGGAUUSCAGUGUUAGGAAUAAGCAAGGUGAAUUUCCAAUUCAACUGGCUGAAGACGACAGCAUCGCUAGACUUUUACUCGACGCUACUUUUAGAAGAGGGAAGAUAUCUUUAUAAAACCUCGAGAAAAACUAUAGAGAACGAUAUUAUACAAAAGCAUUCAGUAUCCAUACACAAUUUACGGAGACUAAAAACGUUUUACGAUAAACAUUAUAAAAAGCUGGCUUGCUGAAGACGAAGGCAUCGCUAGACUUUACGAACUUGAUUCUACUUUUAAAAGAGGUAUCUUUAUAGGAACUCGAUAGAAACAAUAGAGAAUAAAAAAAAACUUCCCAUACACAAUUCAUGGAAUUCAUUCCGACAAAUGUUUCAAAAUAAACAUUCAAAGCUUAGGAUAGUUCAAUUUUUUUAUAGCUAAACCUUGUUUAAAUUUAUUGAGAGAAAAAUGUACAAUUUUCAAAAUCAAUUAUUUAAUCAGUAUUCGAUAAUAUUAAUGUUAAUAUUUGCUAAGGGAUUGCUUUGGUUGUAAAUAAUAAGUUUACGUAGUUUUUUUAUGUGAAGUAAUAGGAUGUAAUAAAUUCUUUAAUCUUAAAACUGAGG